UCAGUCCUCCCACACCACACCCACCCAACAACCCCACUCAGUUCCCGUAUUCGAGAUGGCCCUCAAAGCCGCCGUCUCCGUCACCCCGCUGCCGUCGCCUCCCCUCCGCCGCCUCCUCUCCCUGGCUUCCUCGAGGUCGGCGGCGGCUCGCAGGCUCGCGAGGGUUUCCGCGGCGAUGGCGGUGCAGCCGGCCGUGGUGGUCGGCGGCGGGCGCGUGGGCCAGGCGCUGCUGUCCAUGGGCCCGCCGGGAGCGGACGUGCUCGUCGGCCGCGGCGAGAAGGUGCCCGACGACGCGCCCGGACCGAUACUCGUGUGCACGCGCAACGACGACCUCGACGCCGUGCUCGAGGCCACCCCCAAGUCGCGCUGGCGCGAUUUGGUGUUCUUCCAGAAUGGGAUGCUGGAUCCAUGGUUGGAGAGCAAGGGGCUAGUGGAUGCAAACCAGGUCUUGGCGUACUUCGCUGUGUCGAAACUCGGAGAGCCACCCGUCGAUGGUAUCACUGACACCAACCCAGAAGGGCUGACUGCUGCAUUUGGCAGCUGGGCUCCAGCUGUGGCUGCCCGCCUGCAAAAUGGCGGACUUACCUGCAAGGUGCUUGAGAAGGAAGCCUUUCAGAAGCAGAUGCUAGAGAAGUUGAUAUGGAUUUCAGCUUUCAUGCUUGUUGGUGCUCGGCAUCCAGGGGCUACUGUUGGUGCCGUGGAAAAAGAGUACCGAUCUGAGGUUGCAAGCCUGAUAGCUGAAUUAGCAUCUGCUGCGGCUGCAGAGAGGGGGCUUACGUUUGAUGAAGGCAUAGAAGAGAGGCUUUGUGCAUACUCCAGAGCUGUGGCGCACUUCCCUACUGCUGUAAAAGAGUUCAAGUGGAGGAACGGUUGGUUUUACUCUCUCACAGAGAAGGCACUUGCAGAAGGAAAACCAGACCCAUGCGCUCUCCACACAGCUUGGCUCAAGGAGAUUAAGGUCAUAUAGAGAUUUUCAUGUAAAUGGGAUAGCAUCUUGGGUUAGACUUACGAACCAAUUCAAGUGUUUAUGUAUGCUAUCUAUAUAGAGAAAAAUGCGUGUACUGUCAUGUACUUUAAGUGCAUCUUUUGAAUAUGAUGCUUAUCACUCGUCACCACUGUCAAUAGAAACCUUUGUGCCAUUUUAUGUAAAA